AUGCCGCUCACCAGAGCACAGGUGCCUCAGGAGCUGCUGCCACCACCAAAGUCCCGGCUGCGUAUCCGUACCCGAGCCCUCUUCACCCUGGACUUCACCAUGCCCUACCCACCUCAGAUCCUCAUGUCUGCAGUGCCCUUCCUGGAGCCACCCCUUCACGCUGGACUCGCCUCAAGGCUGGACUCAGAGAGUGAAAAUGAGUCAGUGCCGAGCCUGCAUAGGAAGUCCUCAGCGCGGACCUAUAAAGUAUUUACAAUUGAAACCUUAGUAGAGCCCCUUGUGUCUGCCUUCAAGGACAAUGACGCUUCCUACAUCUCUACCUUUCUGUCCACUUACCGGUCUUUCGGGACCACCAAACAGGUCUUAGAGGUCCUUUUCAAAAAGUAUGGAUACAUCCCUGGUAAUGGUGGACCCCAGGACCAAAUAAAAAACGCCAUCUCCUCCAUCCUGGGCCUCUGGCUGAACCAAUACCCAGAAGAUUUCUAUGAGCUCCCGGAUUUCCCCUGCCUCCGGCUGCUGGUAGACUACACAGGGCUCAAUAUGCCUGGAUCAGAGCUGGAGCAACGUGCCCGCCUUCUCCUGGCACACAUGGAGCACCUAAAGCCCACUGAGGCAGAGCCAGAGGCUCCAGAACCAGCUCUGGAGCUACACAGAGUUCCAGCAUCAGCUCUAGUGGCAGCUCUAGAGCUGGAGGCAGCUCCUCCGGCAGCUCCAGAAUCAGCUCCAUCGCCAGCCCCAGCAGUUACGCCAGAGCUCCGGCAAGUGCUGGCUCCAACACCAGGGCCUUCCUGGCCCUCACUUGUGAGCACAAUGCAUGAGAUGAGAGAGGAGAAGCUGAACAUCUUGUCGUUCCCUCCCAAGCUGGUGGCAGAGCAAUUAACAAUGAUGGACGUGGAGCUAUUCAAGAAGGUGGUGCCCUAUGACUGCUUAGGCUCCAUCUGGUCCCAGAGGAAGAAGAAGGGCAAGGAACACCUGGCACCCACUGUUCGUGCCACUGUCACACAGUUUAACAGUGUGGUGCACUGUGUAAUCACCACCUGCCUGGGGGACAGGAGCAUGAAGGCCCCAGACAGGGCCAGCGUGGUGGAGCACUGGAUCGAGGUGGCCAGGGAGUGUCUGAUCCACAGGAACUUCUCCUCACUCCAUGCCAUUCUCUCUGCUUUGCAGAGCACUCCAAUCAGUCGUUUGAAAGACACUUGGGCAGAAGUGUCCAGCCACAGCUCCCAGACCUUUAAGAAGCUGUGUAAGAACAAGAACACACUGAUCAGGGACCUUCCCAUUAAGCUCAAUCCAGCUGGAACUCAGCUGGGAGGACAGUCCCCUGGGUCAGUGGUGGGGGACAGGGUGAAGGCAGCUGACCCAGGGCCUCCUGCUGGGAGAGAGGAGCUGGUCUCUUCUCUGACUCCCUGUGAGACCCUGGACACAUUGCUGCCCUUCUUAGGACCCCUGUUUUCUUAUCUGGAAAAUGGAAGGGAGGGGAUCUCCAAGUUUGCCACCCUGAAGAUGAACCCCAAGAGGGCCCAGAAGGGGCAGCAGCAGAAAGGUGUCAUCCAGGGCACUGUGCCCUACCUGGGAGUGUACCUCACAGACCUGGUGAUGCUGGACACUGCUUUGCCAGAUUUUCUGGAUGGAGGUUUGAUAAACUUCCAGAAGAGGAGAAAGGAGUUUAGUGUGCUGCAGGAGAUAAAACUCCUCCAGUGGGCCUGCCAACACUACACCAUCAUGGCCCAGGAGCAAUUUGAGACCUGGUUCCAGGGCAUGGAGCGUCUCACCGAGACAGAGAGCUACAACCUGUCCUGUGAGCUAGAGCCCCGGACACAGCAGUCCAGCAAGAAGACCUAG